CGGCAAACGACUCAAGGGAUAACGAAGGCAAUAGCGAUAUAACAUCCACCCUGAGUGGUUUGCUAGCAGGACUUCCGGCGUUGCCGGGGCCCCAACGUUUCGCUAAUACGUUCAGACAGAAAUUUAACACCAAUUCUGGUUAUCCCCGGCCCGGCCUGAUGCGCACAGUGAUUGCAAGCACAGCUCAACUAAAUCUCAUUUCGGACUCACUGAGUCCAUUUUAAACAAAAGACUCAACGAUCCUUUGCCAAGUAAAGUGUUGGUGUUUUUGUGACAACUGAUAAUUAUUGUACCAACUUCAUUAAUUAUCAAUCAUCAUGAGUUCGGUGAGUUCAUUCAAGAUACCUGUCAUCAACUUGGAGGUGGGAGAAGUCAAAGAUAUAGUAUGGGAAAAGCUCCAGGAACCAAAAUCACAACGCAAACUAAUUCUAGUUAUUGUAUCAGUGGCAUUAUUAUUGGACAACAUGUUAUACAUGGUGAUCGUGCCUAUAAUUCCUGACUACUUGAAAGAUAUUGAAGCCUUUAGUAAUCCAGAUCCAUCUCCAAAUGGAACUCUCACUCCAAAAGGUCAUCAUGGUCAGGAUUCGGCCACUGGAAUUCUCUUUGCAUCGAAAGCCAUCGUUCAACUGAUGGUGAAUCCAUUUUCUGGAGCAUUAAUUGACAGAAUAGGAUAUGACAUUCCAAUGAUGAUUGGAUUGUGUAUCAUGUUUCUAUCAACAGCAGUGUUUGCCUGCGGUCGUAGCUACAGUGUUCUAUUCUUUGCUAGAAGUUUACAAGGCGUCGGAUCAGCGUUUGCUGAUACAUCAGGAUUAGCUAUGAUUGCAGAUCGUUUUACUGAAGAGUCUGAACGAUCAAAAGCACUUGGUAUUGCUCUGGCAUUUAUCAGUUUCGGAUGUCUUGUAGCUCCACCAUUCGGUGGUGCACUCUAUCAGUUUGCUGGUAAAGAAGUGCCAUUUUUAAUCCUGGCUUUUAUCAGUUUAGCUGAUGGAUUUAUGUUAUUAUUGGUCAUGAAACCAGCGAAAGAACAACUUAAAGAAAGCAGAGCUCAUCCUCAUGGAAGCACUGUUCCCAUCUGGCGGCUCUUCAUGGAUCCAUACAUUGCAGUGUGUGCUGGUGCUUUGAUGAUGUCCAAUGUAGCAUUAGCUUUUUUGGAGCCAACUAUUUCAUUAUGGAUGGAAGAAAAUAUAACAACAGACAAUUGGAAAAUGGGAAUGAUUUGGUUACCUGCAUUUUUCCCCCACGUCUUUGGUGUGAUGAUUACAGUAAAAAUGGCUAAACAAUAUCCACAACAUCAGUGGCUUAUGGCUGCCGGAGGUUUGGCGCUUGAAGGACUCUGUUGUUUCAUAAUUCCUUUCUCAUCAUCGUACAAAGUUUUGAUGAUACCUAUCUGUGGCAUUUGCUUUGGAAUAGCAUUGAUCGAUACUGCUCUACUUCCUACUUUGGGUUAUUUGGUAGACGUUCGUUAUGUAUCUGUUUAUGGAAGUAUUUAUGCAAUAGCUGAUAUAUCCUAUAGUGUUGCCUAUGCAGUUGGGCCAAUUAUAGCUGGUGGAGUUGUUGAAGCAAUUGGAUUCACUGCAUUGAACAUCGGCAUUGCUUUCUCGAAUUUACUUUAUGCACCAGUUCUUUAUUACCUUCGACAUAUUUAUGACUUUAAACCAUUCCAAGACGAAGCCAACGUUCUCAUGCAAGAUCCACCUGAUAAAGAGUAUCAGACUUACGUGUUACAAGAACAGCGACCGGUUUCUGGUGAUGUAGGAAACCAUUUGACGCAAGGAAGGAUGGAAACGAACAUAGAUCAAAGCAUGGAAUCUAACUAUCAAUCUGGAUAUGUUCAGAACGAUGUUGGAAACUAUGAACAACAGCAGAACUAUGGAGAACAGCCAAAUUAUGAACAACCCGCCUAUGACCAACAGUACAAUCAAGGAUAUGUCCAACAGAAUUCUUAUGGUCAAAAUUAUGGUCAAAGCAAUAUGAGUCAAGAUCCUAGGUCUGUAGGACCAGCCCCUGGAGAUGCUAAUCCUUUCAGAAGGCCUACGGAAGCAGAACAAAGACCUGCAGGUGAUAGCAACCCUUUCCGACAAGGAAUGUAUUAGUGUGGUAGCAAUGCAGAUCUAUUUAGGAUGAUAGUAAGGCCCCCCCAGUCUUCGUGGCAGGCUUCCAGUAACAUAUCAAUUGAGGUCGUGUGCAUAAGUGCUGUGAUUUGUGGUGGUUAAUCAAGAAUGUUUUGACUUGUGGUCAAUUGAGAUUAAAAAUAAAUUUUCUAAUAAUUCAUCAGUUAGUUAUUAUAUCAGAGACGGUCUAAGAAUACCAAUCAGCAAGGAAAUCUAGACCCAAUCGUUAAUUUUUGGUUGAUUCAAUUAUCAUUGUUUUUGUUGUUUGCUGCUGAACCAGGAUAACAUAUCAGGGACCCGAUGCCAAUCAGACUAUGAUCAUUAGUUGUAUUUGGUCAUCGGGUGCCCAAACAAGUUAGCAAGUAAGUCGUUAAUAUACAUAUAGAAUAAUAGAUUAGUUAGAGAUUUUCCGAGUGGGUGAGACUAAGAUUCGCUAAAGUUAAUUAAGGAUCAUCAUAUAUACAUAAAUAAAUAUAUCUUAAUUAACAGAUCCUGAGCUUUACGUCUCAGUGCAUUAGGUCGGGAGUGUUAGUGCAAAUAUAUCAUUAAUAUUAUUAAAUACUCUUGAGUUUAUAUUCAAGAGUUUAAUAAAUAACAUAUCCGUAUUUUUAUGACAUUUUUCAAAUUAAAUAAACUAAUUUAUUAUUAAGUGACUUCAAAUAAAAGAAUAGUCAAGUAAUAAAGCAAAUUCAAAUUUAGUUUUAAUUCAUUAAUGUAUUUAUUUCGUUUUGAUUAUUUCAAUUCAUUAGAAAGGAUAUUGACGUUUUGUACGUCGCGAAAAAUCCUUACCUACUCGUCAAUACUCGUUAAAGUUGCGAGUCAUAUAUAAAUAAAUUUAAACAAUACAAAAAUAAAUUAAUAAUAAAGAGUAUAUGUAUAUUAUGUACUUCGAGUUUGUAGUGCCUCGAGAAUAAUGAGAACAAAUGGUAACAGAGAUGAUAGCAAUGUGUAUAAAUAAUAUUAUAAAUCUAUUUAUACUUAUUCUUAAUUUUUCAGUGACACUUUUGAAUUACGAUUUUUCGAUAUUUACUCUGUAUAACUCGAUAAUAACUUGAAACAUCUUCUAAGAACUUUAGAAAUCGUAUGUUUCAGUAUUCAUAGUUUUGAGAAAAUUACAUAUCUUCAACAAAAUUGCUUUGUAUCAAAUUGCAAAAUAGUACAGUUAUUUUAUAGAUUUUUUUAGUUAAUUAUUAAUAAAAAUAUAAAUUCUU